AACAAGAGAAAAGCCAAAAAAGAGAGCACCCCCUCCCUUUCUCCCUUCCCUGUCUGACAACUGCUUCCGUCCUGGAUCUUUCUGGCUGCUUUUCCUCCUGAUGGGCAGAUGAGCUGGAGUUUUAUUACUUUUUUAUGCUGAAUAGAUCUGUCUGUACUGCUCCUACUCACCCACACACACUACUGCUUGGCAGCUAUGGUAAAAGGGACGGGUGGCUGUGAGCAGGGUGGUUGUCUGUCAACACGGUGAUGUCCAAUUCUCACCUGCUUGUAAAGCAUCAAGUUUUUUGGUUUCUUUGUUUUUUUUUGUAUUUUUUUCCCCUACACACCCUGCUCUUGCUGUAACUGCAUGCUCUGAAUCAAUAAGUGCCAAUCACACCACAUUUUGGAACAACACAGUGGAAUUUCCUAAGGGCUCCAUUUCCAAAGAGUGGCUGGGAGUUUGUGGUAACAAGUUGGUGUGACAGUUUAAAAAAUGGGCCUCCUCUUUUCUCUAUUGCUCCUCCUGCAUAAGUUGAGUCAAGUGCAUCCAUUGGGGGUUAUAUUGGUGUUUUUGUUUCUUAUACUAUGGCUUGUUUCUUCCUCUCCCACAUGUCUUUCUUCUUUCCUGUGCACCCUCUUCCUCCUCCAAUCUGUUUUUUUCUCCUUUCUCCCCACCCUCAACCUCCUGCUCCUCCUUCCCCCAUUCGCUCUGCAGAGGCAUCGAACAAAUACCAAAUUUCCAAGCCCACGGUGUGCUCAGUGCACCCGGGGGAGGUGCUGAAGCUAAGUUGCCCUCUGCCGGUGACGGGGACCAUCACGUGGACCAAAGAUGGCAGCUCUCUGGGCACCAACAACCGCACGCUGAUAGAGCAGGAGGUGCUGCAGAUCCGUGAUGCCACGCCGAAGGAUUCGGGCCUGUACGCCUGCACCAGCGUGGGCAAAGACACGGUCUGCUUCAUAGUGAAUGUCACAGAUGCCAUCUCGUCGGGGGAUGACGAGGACGAUACAGAACGCUCAGAGGACACUGGGGCGGACAGAGAGCAGUUAAGUGCUCCUUAUUGGACUUCGUCAGCAAAGAUGGAGAAGAAGCUGCACGCAGUGCCAGCUGCCAACACCGUAAAGUUCCGCUGUGCUGCAGGAGGCAACCCCCCGCCCACGCUGCGCUGGCUUAAAAACAACAGACCUUUCCGCCAAGAGGACCGCAUGGGAGGGUAUAAGGUGCGAAGCCAGCACUGGACCCUGAUCAUGGAGAGCGUGGUGCCAUCGGAUAAGGGUAACUACACCUGUCUGGUGGAGAACGAGUAUGGAGCCAUCAACCACACCUACACCCUUGACGUAGUAGAACGAUCCCCUCACCGGCCUAUUCUCCAGGCUGGUCUACCAGCCAACACCACUGUACACGUCGGAGAGGAUGCCCGCUUUGUCUGCAAGGUCUACAGCGAUGCCCAGCCUCAUAUCCAGUGGCUGAAGCACAUUACUCAGAAUGGCAGUCAGUAUGGCCCCGACGGACACCCUUACGUCCGAGUGCUGAAGCGUUCAGGCAUUAACAGCUCAGAUGUGGAGAUGCUCACCCUCACCAAUGUGACGGAGGACGAUGCUGGAGAGUAUAUCUGUAAAGUCUCCAAUUAUAUAGGGGAGGCCAGCCAGUCAGGCUGGCUGACGGUCAUCCCAGUCGAGAAAUCCCCAGAGCCCCUUUCCCCAGACUAUGUGGAGAUCGGAAUAUACUGUGCGGGUGUCUUCCUCAUUGCCUGCAUGGUGGGGAUUGUGGUGAUGUGCCGCAUGAGGAACACUGCAAAGAAACCUGACUUCGGGGGCCAACCAGCAGUUCACAAACUGAGCAAACAGAUCCCUCUGCGCCGCCAGGUAACAGUAUCUUCAGACUCCAGCUCUUCUAUGAACUCCAGUACACCUCUGGUACGCAUUACAACACGGCGGAGCUCUGCACACGACGAGCCAAUCCCUGAGUACGACCUUCCAGAGGAUCCACUCUGGGAAUUUGCUCGAGACAGGUUGACCCUGGGCAAGCCCCUAGGUGAAGGCUGUUUUGGCCAAGUUGUAAUGGCAGAGGCCCUGGGCAUUGAUAAAGACAAACCCAAGGAGGCUGUAACUGUUGCUGUCAAGAUGCUGAAAGAUGAUGCCACUGAGAAAGAUCUGUCUGACCUGGUGUCAGAGAUGGAAAUGAUGAAGAUGAUUGGAAAACACAAGAACAUCAUUAAUCUAUUGGGGGCCUGUACACAAGAUGGCCCCCUCUAUGUCAUAGUGGAGUAUGCCUCCAAAGGCAACCUUAGGGAGUACCUCCGAGCCCGCAGGCCGCCUGGCAUGGAAUACUCCUACGACAUCGCCCGUGUCUCAGACGAACAGCUUACUUUCAAAGAUCUGGUCUCUUGCACUUACCAGGUGGCGCGGGGAAUGGAGUACCUAGCAUCACAGAAGUGUAUACACAGAGACCUGGCAGCCAGGAAUGUCCUGGUCACAGAGAGCAAUGUCAUGAAGAUCGCCGACUUUGGCCUGGCCAGGGAUGUCCACAACAUUGACUACUAUAAAAAGACAACCAAUGGUCGUCUCCCGGUUAAAUGGAUGGCUCCGGAGGCACUAUUUGACCGGGUCUACACACACCAGAGUGAUGUCUGGUCAUUUGGGGUGCUGAUGUGGGAGAUCUUCACCCUAGGGGGCUCACCCUAUCCUGGAAUUCCUGUUGAAGAGCUCUUCAAGUUGCUCAAAGAGGGCCAUCGCAUGGAUAAGCCUGGCAACUGCACCAAUGAGCUGUAUAUGAUGAUGAAAGACUGCUGGCAUGCCAUCUCAUCCCAGAGACCCACCUUCAAGCAGCUAGUAGAAGAUCUGGAUCGCAUCCUUACCCUCAGCACCAACGAGGUGAGUACAGCUCUUUCACCCAACCCUCUCUUUUCCAGCUUCCCUGACACUCGCAGCUCCUGCUCCUCCGGCGACGACUCUGUGUUUUCGCACGACCCCUUACCAGACGAGCCCUGCCUCCCCAAGUACCAGCAGAUCAAUGGAAACGUCAAAACAUGAACUCCCACUCACCGCCCCUACACCUGCUUGCCCUGCCCUAGCCUUCCCCCUCAGUGUCCCAAAACAUAUGGCAGAGGCACCCUCUUUGGAAUCAUCCCCAACCUCCUGCCACCCCAUCACCCCUCUGGUUUCCAGUGGACUAAUGGAUCCAGAUGGGGCUGGGCUGGUUGCAGUGCUGCUGUUAUACACUCAUACUGCCAUGCAUAUGCACUACAUACACUACACAGUCACAUGAGGUCUUAAAGGACAGGAGCGGGCCCCACUUUCCUGGGGAACCCCCCUAAACACAGAGACUUUUAAUCUUGGUUCUCCUGUUUAUACCUGGAGAUUUUUUUUUCCUUUUUUGCAUUCGACUAUGUUAAUUGUUUGGAGAUCCCAAGAGUCCAGUGGCUGGCAUUCCAAGACUUAUUUGCUCCUGGAGGAAUGUAUGGACCGAUGUGAACUGAAAACAAAGAAGAGGAAAGAGUAAUAGGAAAAGGACUAAGAGACAAAGCUCUGACUAACAAAACAGAGGCAUAGGAGAAGAGCACAUGUAGAAACUACUCUCCUGUUUAUUUUGUAAUAUUGAUGCAUUUCUUUUACAGUUGAUAAACCUUUCCAAUUAUUUUGAAGAAAAAAAAAUACACAGUAUAAUGUAUAAUUUUUUGUAUGGACUCUGAAAUAACGCCACCAUCCCUACCCUAGGGAUGGUGCUCACCAGUAGGCAGGUAUGCUAAGAGGUUAAGUGUCCUAUAUUUCUCUUCACACACACACACACACACAGCCAUGAAUACACACUUUACUAUACACAAACACCUGUCUUAAUCUCACUCAGUAACACAGUUGAGUAUUGGCUUUCAGGGAUUGAGGUAGCAUGUUAAUUUAUUGACUUAUGUUUUUUGAAAUGAAUCAAAAAAUCUGGAAAAAAAACAAAAGAGAGUAUGGCAGAAAUUAUGACAUUAAUGAUGCUGAUAAUACAGAAAUAGUCCAUUAAAUUUAUGGUAAUUUAAAAUGAUCUUUCAGCAGUAACAGAAAAAAAAACUAUUUUUAGUGAGUUUGGAAGAUCCAGGUUUUGUAAGUUUUAUAUAUGAAUGUGAAUAUUAAGUUAAAUUUUAAAAACUGUAUAUUUUAUAGUCAGCUAAUCUCUUCUAUCCAGUCAUUUAACUCUUUCUUAGCUUUGCUUUAGGAAAUGAGCUUGAUUUCUGGAUAUUUAUAUAUGAUGGAAAGAAAUAAAUUCUGGAAAUGCCUACUAGCAGUUCGCUCUCUGAUUUAGACUAAAUAUAGACUCAAAAUUUACAUGGCAGAAUUGUAAGGUGAAAAACAAAGUAUUAAACAUUCUUUGUUUUUUUUUCUACUUGACCAACUUUAAGAUGUUCUUUUGCAAGUGUUUUUGGAACAAUUGCGAAAUAAAUAAUGAGA